ACAGAUUUAUAUAUCCAAGCGCGGAGAAAUCGGCCCGUAGUUUUGCCAUGAGUCGGAACCAGCGUCUCAAACCAAACCCGCCGAGUCAAGGUUCUGAGUCAGCUGAGUCCGGCAUAUUCAACGAGCGCGUACUCGUCCUUCUCUUCGAGACCAUCAGAUGGGACAUCCACACCCUGUGCUCGGCAUCUUCCGUUAACCGAAAGCUCCGAGCCAUAGCGAAGCGGCUACUCUGGCGCGAGGCCUGCCUGUACCGCGCCCCGCGCAUGGUAGCCACAUUGGCCAACGGCAUGCCCAACGGCCGGUUCUGCGGCGGGUGGCACGCGCUGGCGAAGCUGAUGUUUUUCUGCUGUGGGUUCGAGUCAACUCGGCAUUUCAAGGUGAGUCAACCCUCUCCGGGCCACUUCGCGAAGGCCUCUCGGUUCUCGAAAACUUCAGGCCGAAGCUUCCUGGCCAAGAAGUGUCGGGGCGACUUGUUGUACGUGAGCGACCCGUGCGAGCAUCCGACAGGGGACAAGGAAGAUGAUCUGGGGAUCUAUAGAGGGGUUUUCAAGGGAUUUAGCAGAUCGAAGACGAGGGCGUGCUUAAUCGGGCGGCAGGUGGAGCUGGAGGAGAGAAUGAGAUGUCCAUACUGUGGGGCACGCGUAUGGAGCAUGACGACGGCUGGGCUGGUGCCAAAGAGCGCGGCUAGGAGACUGGGCUCGCACUCUGGAGGCUUAGAUUAUUUCGUGUGCGUGAACGGGCACUUGCAUGGGACGUGUUGGCUGGUGCCGUUAUCGUCGGACGAGGACGAAGGCGAAGGCGAAGACGAAGACGAAAAGGAGGAAGAGGAGGAGGAAGGUAGCGACGGCGAUGAUGGGAUCCGCGGGGUUGAUAAUGAGGAUCGGACGGCGAAUCACAUGGGUAUGGAGUUCAAAGGACGAGGGAAAAUGGAGAUGGGGAAUUCCUUAGUGGGUCCCCAUGAAGUGCUGGUGGGGAUACAUCAGAAGUCAGAAGUCUUGAGUAGUUAAAUUUUGAGAGUUGAUUAGAAAUGCAUUAAUAGUUAAGUUAUUGGAGAUGUCGAAGGGUAUCGUUAAAUGUAAUGUACAAAAGAGGUAAGUGUUUGUGCACACUAUAUACAUAAUUGUUGGGUCAUUAAGAAGAAUAUUAAUC